AUGGACAAAUGCGGUGGAUGGUGUUGUGGACAUGCAUGUUGGAUAUACAGUAAAAUGAAUAUACGAGUGUUAUUAUUAUUACUUGUUUGUUUAUUUUCAAUAGCAACAAUAUCAGCCGAUCAAAAUGAUGAUGAUCAAUAUCAAGUAAUUCAAUUCAAUGUUAAUCAAGAUUGUAGUACUUCUCAAUGUAGAUAUGGUGAUGCGUCGAAUUGGGUAGGUGGUCAAGUACCCAAUUCACCUAAACAAAUGGCUUUGAUCGACUUUACAAGUCAACCAUCAAACGCUGGUACUAUUUUGAUUGAAUCUGACCUUGCUGUCGGUGCCAUCAAUCUUACCUCUACUUCGACUGCACCUGCUGUUUUAUCGGUAUUGGUUGUCAUUCCAGAGAUCAUAUCGAUCAAGGUUGAAACUAUCACACUUGGUUCAUCGCAACUUGUACUCAGUGCUGGAGUCAUUGCCAGCAUUGUUACACUCAAUGUCAAUGGUUUGGAGAGUGGAGUGCAUAUUGGACAGGGAUCCUUUUUGACAGUGGAUACUGCCUCGUUCCACCAAUCCAACAUCACGUUACAAACAAACGCCAACUUUGAGGUGCUUAAUGAAGGUCUGAGUAUGAUCGAUUGUACAGUGUACGCAGACGUCUAUUCACAGCUCGAGAUUACCGGCACCCAGCCAAGCAACUUGACCAAUGUCCAAGCAACUAUCAUGGGUGACUUGACAGUUUUGGGUCACCUCGUCGUUCAAUCGUCGCUUUUACAACUCUAUUCGCUCGAGUCGUCGCUUGGAUGGUUGACCAUCUCCUACUCGACUGUCGAGACACAAGGUAAUGUGACUGUCGAGCAGGGUGUUGAACUGUACGCAUCCAACUGGAUGUCGGCCUAUGACCCAAACAACAAUACUACUACUACCCCAACAAUCGUAUUCAUCAACCAUAUGGAGACACAGGGUGGAUCGGUUGUUGUCCUCGACCAGUUGUACGCGGCCGUCUUUAACAGCAGUGACUUCACCGGGCAUUUGGUGGCGUCGGCAUGCACCAAUGUCGUGUUGAACCAUUGCUACGUACAAGUAUUCACAUUUGAAGGUGUCGUCCCGACCACACUCUCCAGCUACAACUCGAUCAUCAGUAAUAUGAAUGGAGACAAUGCUACUGCUCCAACACACAUAGCCUACCAAGGAUACAACGAACUGCAUUCUGCCAACAGCAUGAGUUUCUCUCAACUCGGUCUUGUCCUUCUCAACGCAUCCACACUUAAUCUAACAGGUGGUAUUGUCGAGAUUGAAGGUGGCUAUUCUUAUAUUGCACUCACCGACGACUCUACCUUGGCUGCCACCAACAUUGAUCUCACCACUACACUAAUCGUAUCAGAGGCAUCCAACUCUACCAUCAUCCUUCAAGAUGGUGUAGUCACUGCCAGUAAGAUCAUCCUCUCCAAUACCAAUGUCCAGUUGGGCGGUCUCCAAAUCAACGGUGAUUUAACCAUCACCUCUUGCAAUGUGACGAUAUCCGACAAUCUACAUAUCAACGGUAGUUACUUUGCCGACACGACCAGUCAAUUCAACAUCCUCUAUCCCUACACCCUACCAACCAGUAUCUAUGGCCCCAUUGUCACUGUAAGUGAUGCCUUUUUAGCCAACACAUUUUCAUUUGGUCUUUCACCCAAUAGUGACUCUGGAAGUAUUCCAAUCAUCACUGUCAACACUCCAUACUAUCUCCUCAGUUCAUCUCAACCCCUCACUACCUAUUCACUAUCCUUUACAACCCCAACCUUUACAUCUCUAUCACCUAUUUUCCAAACUGCUCAAAUUGUAUCAGUGUUGACCAUUAUCGGUUUGGUAUCGGCACAAAAUUAUCAAGUCGUUAGAUUCGAUGCAAGCAAAGAUUGUAGUCAACAAGAAUGCAGUUAUUUUGACGCAACCAAUUGGAUUGGUGGUAUCGUCCCACAAUCACCCAAUCAAGCUGCCGUCAUUGACUAUUCAUUGCAACCAGGUAAUGCUGGAACCAUCACCAUUGAGGGUAACCUUGCUGUUGGAUCGAUCAACGUUUCAUCGCAUGCAUCUGUUUUGCCUGCCUAUUUGGUGAUUUCAGCUGUUGUCAAGACCGACAGUAUCAACCUCUCGGCCGCCCAGUUGAUUGCCGACGUUUCCAGUAUCUCGGUUGGAUCUCUCACCUCUACCCAGGGAUCGACCAUUCUCGUCGGUCCAGGCGCCAUCCUCAACGCCGAAAUUGCCAACAUCCAAGAAUCCAACAUCACCAUCUCAGAGAAUGGUAACUUUUUGGUGACUGGUGCAUCUGCCUAUAUCGCCGACAGCACAUUGGGUGCCGACGAAUACUCGUACUUUGAAUUGUCUGCUACCACCAGCAACCUUGUUCGUGUCAACCAAGAUUAUGUCUCCAAGUCGUUCUUGAUCGCCUCUGGCUCCAUCAUCUUUACUACCUGUGACUUGGCAUUCUCGCGUAUCAGUGUAGCUGGCACGCUCACCCUCGCCAGCCAGUCGACCAUCUCCACCUACUCAAACAGCUCGGUCACCGGCACACUCUUGAUCACCCAAUACUCGUCGUACACGGCCACCAACCAAGGCGACAUGAUCUUUGUCCACCUCGCCAACAUCAAGGUCCAACCAGGCGCCACCCUCCUCCUCACCGACGUCUACUACACCGAGAUCGACAACGGCGUACUUACCGGUCGUGUCACUGUCGACUCUUGUUCAUUUGUCGACUUUAAACAAUCACAAGUUCAAAACCUCGUCGUCUUGAAUGCACCACCCUCCAAUUUCUAUGUCCAAGACACCAUCAUCCUCAACGUUGACGCCAGCCAAAUCUCAGGCCCACAAGUAUACAUGGAGUUUGUCGGCUACACCGAAGUCCACGGUCUCCAAACCCAAGCUGCUUCAGUUGUCAACUUUGUCGUCUCCAACUCAUCCACUCUCAGACUCACUGGCACCUACCCAAUCACAGCUGCCGGUCUCCAAUCCUACAUUCUCGUCCAAGACAACGGCACCUUGAUUGCCAACGACAUCAACCUCCAAACCACCCAAAUCAUCACUAACCCAAAGAUCAACCAAGCCAGCAUCACCCUCGGCGAAGGUAUUGCAUCGUCCAACGUCGUACUCCAAAACACCAACCUCCAAGUUGGUGGCAUUCAAAUCAACGGUAACCUUAGCGUCAGCAACACCUCUAUCACUGCCUUUGACAAUGUCCGUCUCAACGGUAGUGUUCAAGGUAUCCAAGGCAGUCAAUUGGCUAUCCUCUACCCAUACGACUUACCAACCAGCUCGUACAGCACCAUCUUUACAGUAUCUGGUUCCAUCGUUGUCGACUAUAUUGCCUUUGGUCUUGCCAAAAACCCAGCUGGUUUCACACCAUCCAUUGUCAGUGGUUCAGUAUACUACCUCUACAGUUCACCACAACCAAUCACUACCACCUGUCAAUUCACUACUCCAUCUGUCACCACCCUCAAACCAACUUUCAGAAUUAUUCAAGCCUAUAAAAUUAAUUAUCUUACUGUUACUUUUAAUUAA